AUCUGAACAACAUCUCAUUCUUUGCGCACAUUCUUUGUAUCCACAUCCACAAAAAAACCCAUCAUGAACAGAUUUUCAACUACACUUCUUGCUAUGGUUUUCAUGACAUCUCCCUUUUUGACCGGGGCGUUCCGUUUUGCGGAUGACUUUGAGUUCAUGAAUAUUCAGAAUGCAGCUUCAUGGUGGUCAGACAAAUUGCAAGACUCUGUUGAGAAGUUUUAUACAAGCUUUGAUGAAGACCGAGGAGAGGAUUUAGUCAACCAGAUGGAUCCGAAUGCCGAGUUCAGCCAUUACAAACAGCAAAUUGCGGUAAAAGAUAUUCCCAAUCACUUAGCUGCCCAGAAGUUAAACCACAAUUAUCAAACGGAAAUCUACAAAGUGAUUCUCAGGUCCUCGAAAGAAAGAAAUGCUCGCGUGAUAAUCUUUGGUAGAGUGCUUGAGCAUGUAAAGAAUACGGACUUUGUCGUGUUCAUGAGUCUCAUUCGAAACAAUGACGAUAAGAUCAAAAUCAAGAAAUUUGAGCGAGUUGAACUGGACCCCGAGUGUUUUAUUCUUAGAAAAUACAUGAAAGCAUCACAAAGCAGGAGAUGA